AUGCAUGUCGAGGAAUUCCUCAUCGAGGCCGCCAUAAAGAUAAUCAUCCUUAUUUCCCAAGUGGAGAUAUCUCGAAGUGUAAAAGUUGCUCCACAGUUCGAAAGCGCCUUCUGGAAUAUCUGCCGUGACGGCGUGAGUGUAUCCCACUGCCGUGCCCACCACGCGCAGCCAGAACUUCGAGACGGUUGUGCAACUCUGGGGACUCGACUCUGUGGUGCCGUCGGACAACAGCUUGGCAAGAAGUUGGUGGUAGCCCUGCGUUACGUCGACAGAAAAGGAACCUUUUUGUGGGCUAUCCAAGUACUGCGGAAAAAAGCGCUUGCCAGCGAAGUACACCACAGCGUCCGUGUCAUAUCCAUACUGCACCACGAUGCGCUGGGCCACUGCACUGUACACGGCAAGAGCGUAAUACUGCACGCUUUUGCACGGCACCUCAGCCUGGAAUAUGCCGUCGGGGCUGGUCACAUUUUCCCAAAUGUACCUCGCUGGAGGAAGAUUCUCAGUCUGGGCUAUGUUGGUGUGGCCCGCGACGGGACGGAUAUUGGACUCACCGCCAACAACGGUGGACGCAAACCAAUCCUCUUUUAG